AUGGAUCUGAGUCAAUGCCAUCUACAGUUCUUAUCCACUUCUGCCAACGGUCCAGUCGACCCACGGACUAGUAUUGCUUCCUAUUCAACCUGCGGAAAGGGAAAGCAGUCACUUCCUGUAAACGGUCUUAAACGUUUUUGCUUCGAAUUUGAUGAACUAUCUGUAGGCCUGCCCUACCCUGCUACUCUCUAUAUCUCGGGAUUUUCAUCCAGCAUGACUGAACAGCAACUCCGCUCAAUUUUUGGAAAAUUCGGCUUAAUUAAAAUGAUUUUGGUAGCCAUCUCUUCUCAGCCUGACAAUAACUCUCUAACACUUAAUUCUGCCAGUAUUACUUAUGUUGGAGAUCCAGCUAUUGCCGGAAAUUAUGCACGCAUGGCUGUAAUGGCUUUGGAUAAUACUCGUAAAUAUGAUACGCACUGGCAUGUCACGUUUGAUCGAGAUGCGCUCAUGUUCCACGAUCAAUGCGCUGGUAUCAAGACUGCCGCAGAAACACAAUCUCGCAACGAACUUCAGUCCGCUCUACACAAUCAUUCUUUUAAUCAAGUCAGUUUUUCAAAUGAUUCACGGCUGAUCUCGACCGUCUCUCAUUUAUCAGGCGAAAGAAUUCGCUCCACAAACUCUCUGAAAAAAGCUGUGGACAAUAAUUUGUGCGACCUUUCACGGGGAAAAAUAGAUGAUAGACGGCAUCCGCAUGAAUAUAAUGUAGAGCACCAUCGACCAUUAGAUCGGUCUAUAACAGAGUACAGAAGAGAUGUUCCAGACGCAAUGAGAGGACUCAGAGCCUCUGAUUGGGCAAAAGGUCGAGACGUUGUGUAUGAUGGUGAUGGUACUCACCGGAGUUCCAAUCCAAGACCUUUCUAUGCACCUGGUUUAACCGAAUCUCGGAAAGAUGCUCAUAUGUAUCAAGAUCUAGGCCGUGGUAGGAGUCAGAGCUCUCGCAAUAUCAGUCGCAGCAGGAGUCGGAGUAGUAGUAGAAGCAGCAUGGAUGAUAGUAGAGGCAGGAGUCGAGGUAGAAGUCAUAGUCGAACUCGUGGUAGAAGCACGAGCCGAAGCAGCAGUCGAAGCAAUAGUCCAAACUACAGACGCUCCUACAACAACAGUCAAGGGCAAAUUUCUGACCAUCCAAAUGGUAUAUUGCCAAUUGAUCGUGAUCGGCGUAGCUUUCGAUCUCGCAGCCCUACUCUAAACUCGCAAUCAGAUGGCUACAGAGGACCAAGCGGAAUAUCACCACCAUUUAACCUGAAAGAUCGAUAUCGAAAAGAUGAAUCAUUUUUGUCUCAUAAACCGUUUAUUCCUGCAAACCAUGCUUCUCACUAUAAUAAUCCUAGUGAAUACAGAGAAGCUGGCAGGCAAAAAUCACAUUAUAUAUCGCCUCAGCGCGAUCAUGCAUACCCAGCACCAUUGCACUCUUCAUAUCCAACCUCAUCCUUCACACCUACUAGCAGUCAUUCUCGGUUUCAUCCUGACCAGUCAUUGUAUUUAGGACAGGGACACGAUGGGCAUGACAUUCGUGGAACUUCAUCAAAACCUGCUCGUUCUCGCUUACCCUAUCAUUUAAAUGAUGACACACAUUCUAAACGUUCUUUUUCAGACGAGGCUGCCACGGUGGCUGAUGCUGCACUCUAUCUUUCUGGUCUUCUUUGCACUGCUCUUGAAAAAGACUAUCGUGUACGAGUUCUUUCAACUUUUAUUUCCAAAUAUCUAGCAACACUUGAUGCUCAACGACUUGAAACCUCUAGUUUGAAACGUGACGAAUCUAAUCAGUUUGAUAAGCCUUGCGAGGUAGUCCCAUCCGCUGAGCACGAACUUUACGAUCAAAAACCUGUUAAUGUCUUGACGAUGGUCGACCAAGCUAAAAGUGCACAAACUGAAUUCAAAUCUCAGGAUUUUACCAUCAAUGCACAAGAGGACAGAUUGGAUACUGAACACACUGAGGAUAAUGCAGAUGACAGCAAACCAUUGCUUUUACAAAACGGUUUAUUGAGUGUGGACAGUGUGUUUAAUUCAAACAGAAAAGUAGCGCUUCCCUCGUUUAAGAAAAAAGCCAAAAAAUCAACUCUUGUUAAAAAACACAUGCGAAAACACUCACAUAUCGAGUCUGACGAUAGCGACUCGAUGAGUGCUGAAAUGAAUGUUGAUAUAUCUCUGAAAUCUACAAAACCAUCUAUAGCAAUCGAGGACGAGGUUUCUUUGCAGCAAAUUCAGAAUGUGUCCAAAUCCACCAUUCCAGCUCGUGAUUUUUCAAGUGAUUCGAAUGAACAGGAAUCGAUCAAAAAGACAUCUUCAAAGGCACAGGAUCCACAUGCAACGACCGAAAAUCUAGCGAUUAAAGCUACAGGUUUUAUAUCAAAAAAUGCAUCUCAAGAAUGCUUGGUGGGGCACUCGGAUACCAAAAGUGCGGUAACAACGAUUGAUUCUUUACAAGAUUUAGGAUCCCAUUUAAAUGAACCAGUAGCAGACAUAUAUGAUCAUCAGCAUUCGGAACAGCAAGCCAAUAUUCAUUCUGUGGACAAGGAACAUUGUGAACCUACAUCUGUAUCUAUUCAAUCUAAUCAAGAUGGUGAAAAUAUGGAUACACUUGUUCAUAAUAAAUCAUCAACAAUACAAUUUGCAACUGAGUCUGUUGUUGCUGCUGCUUCCUUGGAUAACAUAGAACGUACUAUAGUGGCAGAAUCAAAUACUAAUGCGGCGCAUGCUCCUGCACUCAAAUCUCGUACAAAAGCAACCGGUCGCCAUGCCAACAAGAAAAAUAAAGGCAAACGCGGUCCUCAGCCCACUUGUAUAGUUGUUCGUGAACGUCCGAUACGCACUCCAGCGGUGUUUUCAGACGAUGAGGACUCUGCUCAGUUUGAAUAUCUUGCCAGUGCAAAAAGCAUUCCUGAUGCAUUUCCUUAUCAAAAACCAAAGCCUCUUCGAAAGCGCUCUAUUGCCAGUGUUCCCGAUUCAUCAUUAGAUUAUGGCAAUAUGCACAAGUCGAGUAGCACACCCAAUGGCUAUCUUUCUGAUGAGUCUCUGGAUAUUGAUUCGUUUGACCCAGAGGAUAUCAGAAUGCUUUCCGAGGAAGAGCUAAAGUAUUUAAAAAUAGCAUUUCAUUCUGAUCAGGAGCAGCGACGGAAUCUUCGUUCUUAUCGAGAGCGGAUGAUUCGAGACGAGAUUGUAGAGGCACAAGCUCGCAUUCUCGGUGCCAAGCCUUAUGAGCCAUCGCUGCCUCCCCCACCUCCUUCAAUUCCUGAUCUGGUAUUACCUGUUGAUUCUGAGCCUGGCAGAGAUGCAUUGUUUCAAACUGAACGUGUCAAAGCAACGCAUAGAAAAGGCAUUGCUGCUCAAGAGGAGCCUGCUUCACGAUGUGCUCGAACAGAACCCUAUCAUCGGCGUACUUAUAUUGAAAAAAUGAUUCAAACUGCUAGUGCACAGGCACCUACAGCAGCACCCAAUCUUGAUAGCUCUUCUGCUACUGUAUCUGCCAUGGAUGGGGUUUUGGCUCGUCCUAUUACAAAAGGAUUGUUCCAUCACACUUCACGUGGUACACGAGGAGCAGGUUCCUACGGAGGCUUGGGGACUGGAUCUGAUUCUCAAAAAAAGGCAGUAACACUGGGUCUUGGGUUUGGUCUUGGUCAAGGUCUUGGUUUAGGCGUUGAUACUAUUGAUGCGCUAAGCUUCAAUCAACUCAAAGCACGCAAAAAGCGUAUCAAGUUUGAUAAAAGUAUCAUUCAUGACUGGGGAUUAUUUGCCAUGGAGCCCAUUGAUGCCAAUGAUAUGGUUAUUGAAUAUAUCGGUGAGAUUAUUCGUCAAAAGGUUGCGGAUCACCGUGAAAAGUUAUACGAGGCUUCGGGCAUUGGGUCAAGCUAUUUGUUUCGUGUGGAUGAAGACACCAUCAUUGAUGCGACCAAGACCGGAAAUUUGGCGCGGUUUAUUAACCACUGUUGCGAGCCAAACUGCAAUGCCAAAGUUAUCAGUGUUGAUGGAACCAAGCGUAUUGUUAUUUAUGCUAAUCGUGAUAUAAAGGAAGGAGAGGAGUUGACGUAUGACUACAAGUUUCCCAUUGAAGAAGAUAAAAUUCCAUGUCUGUGUGGUGCUGUAAACUGUCGAGGAACACUGAAUUGAUUAGAUCGGAUUUGUUUCUAUUUUACUUUUUGAUUUGGGUGGUUGUAAUUGUGCUAUUUGAUAGUUUUGUUUUGGGCAAUGCCUUAUUAAUAGAUAUUUUCUGUAUUCAAGCA